AUGAGUGAUUUACCACGCCCGAUGUUUGACGACAUGGAGCAAAUCUUGGAUUUGACUGUGAUGAACACAACUCUGGAAUUUGUGGAUGCGUUUAAAUCCGAAAAACUCUUCAGACUGAAUUUUACCAGAAAUCAAAUCACGUCCAUUUCUCAUGAUGCAUUUCUGAAUUGCCCAAGAUUGGAGACAAUUGACUUGAGCAGAAAUCGCUUGACUUCUCUUCCGGCGAAACUCUUAGAAGGUCUUCGGGAACUUAAUCACAUUAAUUUGUCAAAUAACAAGCUCAAGAACAUCUCGCAAGACUUCCUAUUGGACAACACACACUUAAAGACUGUUCAGCUGCAAUCGAAUUCUCUGGAGGAACUCUCGAUGGAUCUCUUCGGCAACUGCACAGAUUUGCACUUCUUGGACGUGAGCAAUAAUUAUCUGCACAAAUUCACACCUUCGCAGCACUUCUUGAGCAUGAACACUGCCGAAGAGCCUUCGAUCCUGGACUUGAGCAACAAUCUUCUGGCGUCGGUGGACUUGAGGAACACCAGAAUCACCAAUGUCAUUGUGAACAGCAACUACUUGAGGCAAUUAUCAAUUGGACACGGUUGCCGAGAGCUUUUCGCCAAGAACAAUGCACUCACGGAUAUUUCUCUGGACAGCUCCACAUCAACUCUGGAAAUGUUGCAAAUGAACUACAACAAGUUGGCCAAUAAUCUCAAGAGCAUCUGCGAAUGCGAGAAUCUGAGAUCGAUUUUCUUAGCGCACAAUAACAUCACACAGAUUGGCUUUUGCUUUGGCAAGAUGCGUUUUCUCAAGGAGAUCAAUUUGAGUGGAAAUCACAUUUCUCACCUCGAUUAUGGAUACUUCUUCGCGGAUUUUCUCGAGACACUCGAUCUCUCGUAUAACGUCUUUGAGGAGAUUGAUGACAACAUCUUGUCGCUCUUCCAAAAUCUGCGGUAUCUCUAUCUCGAUGGGAAUCGCCUCAGCGAUUUUCCCACAGAUUUGGACACAAUCAUGCCUCAUUUGGUCCUCGUUGGACUGUCGCACAACAGAUUCGAGUGCAAGAAGUUGCUGACAAUCUAUCGGCGCUUGAAGGCGACCAACAGAAUAGGAUUCAACGCGGAUGAACCGACGCCAGUGAAUGUGACGAAUAUCCGUGGGAUGAUUUGCUACAAGAAGAACGACAGUGAGAUUGUUGAGCAAAGCACGGUGCAUCCUUUGAAUCAUCUCAACGUGUCCAACAACGCCUUUUGGACGGAACUGCAGAAGCUCAAAUUGAAGCUUGAGACCAUCAACGAUUCUUCUCUGCUUGUAAAUAUCACCACGUCAACUCCGCUUAUCGCAAACUUCUCUACACAGAGAGAAAUCUUGGGCUUCACCAGCGAAACACCCGAGACAACGCAGAGUCAGGAAACUCCCGCGACGCCGGAAGCUGAGAAGAACGCAGGCGACAUCAGUCACUACCUUCCCUUGCGGACAGACGAGCUAGAGAACAACACCUCGACCAUGUUCGAUAACAUCUUCCAGGCUCUGCGGAGGAUCGAGGGCAGAGUGAAGGAGUUGGGACUCCUUCUGAGGCCUGGCAAUGCAACAAUCGCUCAACCAAUUGAUAGAGCGAAUGUGCGCACUUUUGCCGCGAUAUCAGUGAUCCUGGCUGUGGUCGUGCUGGCGCUCGGCGGCGGACUUUUGUGGUACAAUUAUCACUCUUACUUCUUCUACAAGAAGCUCAGAGAGAACAAUGCAGAAGCGCUGAGAACAUUUCAGACGCUUUAAUUCGCAUCUCUAAUAAGUAAUGAUAACACAGAGGAAUAAAUUGAAUAU